AUGGAAGGAGCUAAGAAACGACCAGAAGUGAGGAAGUGUGAGGAUCCUGCAGAUUCAUCAACCCAUGAAGCCACUGAUAGCAAGCGUCCCCUUGGUGUUAAGGCCGCAAAGGCGACUGGUAAGAACAAAGAAGUACAGCAGCAUACUAUGAAUGAGUUUCAGAAUAUGUGGACAAUCAGAGAGAAGGAUAUGGCAGUGAAAGAACGUAUGGCUAAGAUGAGUCUGUUUGAGGGUCUCAUUGGGAGAACAGAGGGUCUAGAUGAGGAGGAAAAACUUCUCAAGAAGAAGCUCAUCACUGACGUGAGACAGUACACGUUUGGAAAUCAUGUUGCUAGUUGUCACGGGAGUGGAGAGUGGAGUGGAGUCACGAGUGGAGAGUCCUCAGCUAUACGUGUGUUGGCGUAUGGUUCUGCCCUUGAUGCGGUCGACGAAUGCCUUAGGCUCGGUGCAACCACGGCACGAUUAUGUGUGGAAAAUUUUGUAGAGUCAAUAAUAAAUGUGUUCGGCAAUGAGUAUCUAAGAAGACCAACACCAUAUGAUCUGCAACGUCUACUUGAUGAUGCAGAGAAUCGUGGAUUUCCCGGGAUGAUAGGAAGCAUCGAUUGUAUGCAUUGGGAGUGGAAGAAUUGUCCCACCGCUUGGAAAGGGCAAUUUGCUCGGGGUACCUUAAAUGAUAUUAAUGUUCUUGAUCGGUCACCUGUUUUUGAUGACAUAAUAAAUGGUGAAGCCCCACAAGUGAAUUUCUCGGUAAAUGGAAAUGAGUACCAUAUGGGUUAUUAUCUCACCGAUGGAAUUUAUCCAAAUUGGGCAACUUUCAUCCAAUCUAUUCGACUUCCACAAGUGCCGAAAGUAGUUUUAUUUGCGCAACGUCAAGAAGCUGUCCGAAAAGAUGUUGAGCGUGCUUUCGGAGUUUUACAAGCUCGAUUUGCCAUUGUUAGAAAUCCGGCACUUUCUUGGGAUAAAGUCAAGAUCGGGAAGAUUAUGAGAGCAUGUAUUAUACUCCAUAAUAUGAUAGUAGAAAACGAACGAGAUGAAGGUACUCAAUUUAAUCUUUCAGAUUUCGAAGAAGGAGAAGCCAGCAGGAGUUCACAUGUCGAUCGUCGAACAAGGAGAAUGCCUACAAAUAUUGCCAAUCAGAUGGGUGUUCGAACUGAAAUUCGUGAUACAAAUGUGCAUGCACAACUAAAACGGGAUUUGGUCGAACAUAUAUGGGCUAAAUUUGGAACUGAUUAA